GUUUCCUGCCUUCAGUGGCCAGCACACCAUUCUGUGUGUAUCGUUCGUGUGCCCUUUCCUGGCCAUAGGAUCUGUUCCAUAGUCCCAACCAGCCCCUAUAUACCAUGUACAGCAGCCAUGCUAUUGCCUGAGCACAGCAUCCUCUGUUACUGUACACAUACAAGCAGGCACAUGGGGUGGUGAACAUCUUCUCGUUUCAUCCUGUGCCAAUGACACUGGGCAAAUGGUUCUGCCUGGUGCUUGGAGGGUUAAGGUUCCUGUGCAUGGAAGGGAGGACAGUAAAGAUGGUAAUCCUUUGUUUUAGUGAGAUACGGAGAUGGAUUGUACGAUUCCUACAUGAGGCUCGACCAAGCGGCAGCGCAGGAUGCUGCAGCAGAAAAAGAGAGCCCCUCCACACUGCCUUCAAUUGGGAAACUUGCUAUAAGUGGAAAUAAAUUUGCCAUGAAAGAUCACCAGCAGGUCAAGGUUCAGCAAUUAUUUGAUGACUCCGGCAAUCGCAGAGGUAGUGCUGUCAUCCUAGGAGCAGACUACACAUUACCAGUGCUGACCAAAGAGAAGAGCUCGGACAGUUCCGGCACCUCAAAAUCCAGUGAUGGCUCGACCAAGUCCUCCAAGGCCACAUAUUUAAGUCCUGAGCAAUCGCUUAAACAAAACAAGCACCAACUGACCUCUUUUGAAGUGCAAGAAAUCAGUAACUUCCCUGAGAUCCACUUUGUGGGUCCAAAUGCAAAGAAAAGGCAAGGUGUUGUAGGGGGUCCGAACAAUGGCGGGUAUGAUGAUGACCAAGGUGGAUAUACAUUGGUGCCCCAUGACCAUGUGGCUUAUCGUUAUGAGGUGUUGAAAUUAAUUGGGAAAGGUAGCUUUGGUCAGGUGGCAAAGGUGUAUGACCACAAACUCCACCAGCAUUUGGCCCUAAAGAUUGUCCGCAAUGAGAAAAGAUUCCACCGUCAGGCAGCAGAAGAGAUCCGGAUCCUGGAACAUCUAAAGAAGCAAGAUAAGACUGGGAGCAUGAAUGUAAUUCACAUGCUGGAAAGUUUUACUUUUCGCAGUCACAUCUGCAUGACCUUUGAGCUACUGAACAUGAACUUGUAUGAGCUAAUUAAGAGAAACAAAUUCCAGGGUUUUAGUCUGCAGCUAGUUCGGAAGUUUGCCCACUCAAUCCUACAAUGCCUGGAGGCUCUACACAGGAAUAAAAUCAUCCACUGUGACCUUAAGCCAGAAAACAUAUUGCUUAAACAACAAGGACGCAGUGGAAUCAAAGUGAUUGACUUUGGAUCCAGUUGUUUUGAGCACCAACGCGUCUAUACAUACAUUCAGUCUCGUUUCUAUAGGGCACCAGAGGUAAUUCUUGGAAGUCGUUAUGGCAUGCCCAUCGAUAUGUGGAGCUUUGGGUGCAUUUUGGUGGAGCUGUUGACUGGCUACCCACUGUUCCCAGGUGAGGAUGAGGGAGAUCAGUUAGCAUGCAUGAUGGAACUCCUUGGAGCUCCACCUCCAAAGAUAUUAGAGCAAGCCAAGAGAGCAAAGAAUUUUUUCAACUCCAAGGGCUAUCCUCGCUAUUGCACUGUCAACACACUUCCUAAUGGGUCCGUAGUCCUAAACGGAAGCAGGUCACGCAGGGGCAAGAUGCGUGGUGCUCCCGGUAGCAAGGACUGGUUGGCAGCAUUAAAGGGUUGUGAAGAUGCUCUUUUCAUCGACUUCUUAAAAGGAUGUCUGAACUGGGAUCCGACUGCACGCAUGACCCCCAGUCAGGCACUAAGACACCAGUGGAUCUGCAAGCGAUUGCCUAAGCCCCCAAUAACAGACAAGUCCUCAGGAAAAAGGAUUACAAGCCAUACCAGCUCCUUCCCAGGGAUUGUCUCCAAAUUACCCCCUGUAGUGGGUGUGGCCAAUAAAUUACGAGCCAAUUUAAUGAAUGACUCUAAUGGGAGCAUACCACUGCGAACUGUUUUGCCCAAACUAGUCAGCUAAUAUUAACUGGUGUUAAGCACAGCAAUGAAAAAUAUUUUGCUGCCCACUACUUAGCCACUAUAACUGAAAAGAUUUAGCAUUUUAAUUAUUACAUUUUAAGAAAGAAAAGCAGAAAUGAAAAAUAAAUCCUGACCGAUUUUAGCUAUGCAUGAUCAGGAUUAAUUGUGUGUCAAGGGCUAAGCAUUUCAAUCGCCAUCUGGUACAAACUUGAUUCUUUAUCUUAUAAUUCAGUAUGUUACUCUCAUGAAUAUGCAAAAGCAAUAAUAACAGAAUGAAGGAGUAAAAGUAAUGACCUCUGUUUUACUUGUUAUGCUGUCAAAUAAGUCGUCAGAGAAUAUAAUGAGGUACCAAUUUUGCCCACAUUUGCUGCCUCAUCUUUUGACAAAAGUGAAGAGCUGAGAGGACUAUUGGCCAUGAGGGAGAGCUAUGAAGUAUGCUACCUUCACGGAGAAGGUUAUUUGGGAACGCCAACUUUUCAACAUCUUUACUUUAGGAUGUAUAUGUGUACUCAUUACUGAUACUCUCAUGGGCACACAUGACAUCUGUAGUUCCAUUUUUGUUACUGAAUUUAAAGUCCGUUAACCCAUAAAAUCUGCAGUUUCUGAGAAAUUCCCAAUAGAAUAACAUUAGUGUAUAUAACAUUGUAAUAACAAAUAAUAAGAGGUUUACUAUUGGUUUCUAAUAUUAUUUUAAUAUUUAUACAAGGUUAAAGGGUAAACAGCAUUUUAAUAGUCUCCUUCAUACUCCUAAAAUAUCUACAGGAAAAUAUUUGGAAUUGAGCAAGAACAAAAGUGCAUUGCAUCUUUAACAUUUGGUUAAUGUAUGUGUUAAGCUAAGAGAAUGUUGGUUGUGUGCUGCCAGGAGCCCACAGUAAAGCUGCAGUGUACAGCUAGCAAAUCAUUUACUUCUGCCAUCGGCAGGAUGUUUAUCCUUAUUCUUUCCAACUAGAAAGUUGUGUACUUCUCCAUUGCAAGAAAACCACCUAUAAAGUACUCUUAAAAUUUAGAUCCACUGCCACUAAGGCUAUAACAUUUUCUUUGAGGUGGUUAAGACAAGGCUUACCACUUUGUCUUCUUUCUUAACAACAUUAUAGUACAUGUAUCCCAAAUAUUUGGAGGGGGGGGGGGGGUAAUAAAUAGUUUGAAAAGUCAGUUGGGUGUCUGCUUUUUCCUGUCUAAUAGACACCCGACCAACUUUUCAAACAAUUGAAUACCCCAUUUGGUAUUUUAUGGGUCCCUUUCCUAUGAUGGUUUUUAAUAUAGUACAAGCUGGAGGCAUAGUAGAUAUUACCGAAUGAGUUAAUUGCUAAAACAAAUGACCUCUAGCUAAUGAUGAUCAUUCCAGCUUCAAUGUUGUCACAUUUUCUGAUUGCCAACAAUUUACUUGCAGAUUUAUUUAACUUGGUGCUAUGUCCAUUAAGAGUUCAGUUGUCAUUGGGGUGUAGUGCUCAAUUUGUGGAUCAAAUGAGUAAUCCGCCAUAUUCCUACAAUGUUUUUAUUCAAAGUCACAUUUGAUAUAAUGACGUGUGUGGGAUAGAGUGCUAAUGCAGAAUGAGUGGCCUGUUGCUUUUUUUUUAAAUGGCAAAUUUUAAGUAUUUGAAGGCAUUCCUGUCAGUUGUUAUCUACUGGCAUAUGGGCAAAAAUAUUUUGUUAAAAAUUUGGGUUUUUAUGGUUUAUUCUUCCAAGGAACAAAUUUGAAAACAGUGACAUAACUUGCGGUCAUUGGGGGUUAUUCAGCGAUGGACGCAGGUCUUGCUACCAAAACAAGGUUCGCGUCCCAUCUACUCACAUGCUGGGGCCCGCCCAGCACAGGGCAAGGCCGCCCACCAUGUGUGUGGCGCCGCCCCAUGAUGCGAUUUAAUUGGGAAUGCAUUGAUUUGAGGUUGACUCCUGCCCACGCAUCCUGGCCGCUCUGGAAGGCAGUCCGGCGCCACUUUCUUUUUCCUCGUAACGUCUGCGUGUUGCACCACACAGCCACCCCAAAAAUGGUUUUGACACGCCUGCGUUGUCCGGACCACACCCGCAAAACACUGCAUCGAUGCCCCAACCCCUCCCCAUGGCUGCCGCUGUAAAUGGCCUGAAUGUGGCCCCAUAGUGAAGGGUCACACACACGCACUAUAACCAUUCAGUGUGCUAAGACCCAAUGGACGUGGAUGCUGCUUGUGAACGCAGCAGCUGCAUCCAUCACUGGAUAACCCCCAUUGUUUUAAUAUUUGUUCGUUUGUGCAAGUUUAUGACUUGUUUGUGACCCACGCUGCUGCAGCGCCAUCAGUUUGAUAAUCUGUUUUACUGUAUAUUCUCCCAAGGACUCUGUUGGACUUUUUGAUACAUGGUAAGAUGUCCUUUCCAGGCACAGUUUAUCCUUUUUAUUACAAGGGGUAUAUUUACUAAAGGUCGAUUUGUAUACAUUUUUGACAGUUUGAAACUGCUGAAAAUUUAUCUAAAUUGAUGUUGUGGUUCUGAGGCUAAAACAUGUGCUAACAUUUAUAAAGAUAAUAUGAAAAAUAAUCAUCUGUUUGUACAUGUGUGUUAUAGCCCCUGAAACGCCAUACAAAUUUUCAUUGAUUUUAAAAUCUAUGCAAAUCGCCCUUUAGCAAGUAUAUCCCCAAAAGUGGAUGGUCUGUAAAAUCCCUGGGCCUAUAAGAUGAUAUAUGAUGAUGCUAGUAUUGUGAUAAACAUUGCAGUUGUUAUCAGAAUUUAUUUAUGUCAGUCUGAUGUACUCUGCUUUGUGUAAAGCUUUAAGGUACACACUUGUAACCUUUUUUAUGGAUUUUAAUGAAAAUCACUUUUUAGUUAACUAAUCCUGAUAAACAGGUGAACAUGGCCACAUGGUAUAAUUAUGAUCAUUGUUUUAAUUUGGGUUGUCAAAAUGUUCUGUCUUGUGUGAUCAUAUUUCUGAACGAUUUUUAUUUUGUGUGCCACAUGUAGCUGCAAUUGUAAGAUCUAGAACAGCGUUGCUUUAGGAGUACAAAUUUUGUGGGCGUCUUUAGACCAAAGAAAUUGAUACAUACAGAUAAUUUAGCCCAUGAAUAAUGUUGCUUAUUGUAGAACAGCGUUUAUAGAUGCCCCUCAUGUCUGAUACAGAUUUAGUUGACCUUGUACAGACGCAGUAAGUGAUUGAUCUCUUUGAGUUCCUAUUACUAUAUUUAGCCCUAGCCGUAAAAGUGUUUGUAUUGUCAGCCAAUAUUUCCUAUGCCCAUUUAUUUAGGUUAUCACUAUAACCUAUGUUUGAGGACUCAAUUAUGAUAUUAACAUAAAUUAUAAGUUACAUUUAUAUAAUAGAUUCAGCAAUUUACCUUAAAUCUAAUGUAAAAUACUGAUCUCUUUAAUUGAUAUAAAGAAACAUGAAGAUAUAAUUAAAAGGGUAAAAAUAUCAGAACUGAGAAUAAAGCUAAAAAGUAAUAAUAAUGGGCGCAUAAUGCGCUGCCUGCUGCGAAUAGAAUGUGAGUUUCAAAUGGAAUGCUAAUUGGUCUACACCAGGGGUAGGCGAUAAGUAGCCCUCUAGCUGCUGUGGGACUACAAUUCCCAGUAUGCCCUGCUACAGUUUUGCUAUCAGGGCAUGCUAAAACCUUUGCAGAAUAUUCUGGGAUAUGUAGUUAAACAGCAGCUGGAAGGCAGCUUAUUGCCCAUCCCUGGUCUAUACGCAUGUCCUCAUGUUUACGUGAUCGCACUGCCCCACUAUUCUCUGCAAUGGCAGCCAUCAGCACUUACUUAUCCCAUGCUAGGUGCAGGAGAUCUAUCUGAAAUGUGCCUUUGCAAUGCAUGUGCUCACCCACGACUCGCCCAAGUGAGUAUUGUCGUGUGCUGGCAUUGUUACCACCCAGUUACAACACAGAAAUUCCCUUUUAGCAACUGCAGUGCAGCAGCAUAGUUGUCUGAUUCAGCCGUACGUUCACAGAGAUGCAUAUGCAGCCCGCAAUGCAUGUGCGGUAUGUGACACAUUGCAUAGUUGCUUGCGACUCAGCAUCAGAAUGGUAAAAGCAGCAGAACCUGUGCAAGCCAGAAACCAUCAUCUAUAGGUGGAUUGCUGGUUUACAACCUUACUCCAUUUUUUAAAAUAUACAAAUGAAUGACAUAUAGCUAAAACAAUGUAGGGUUUACAGAUGAUUAAGAGCAUGUGAAGAGAGACUAGAAGGAAAGUGAAUAGAAUGUUAUGGAAGUAUAUUAGUUUUGUUUCAAGGACAGGUCUAACCCUUUAACUGCUGGCAGUCUUUAUUGUGUAGCAGAUCAGGUUUAGAAGGGUUAUAUUCUAUGACAGAAUGAUGCAGGUUUAUGAGAGCAUCUGAUAGAAGGUGGUUUUAUCCUUUUGUUGUGUCCAUGAAAGUGCUGGAUGAGACUCUGCAAUGGUCACGUGCACACAUCACAGGUGUUUCUAGGGACAAUGGCAGAGAGAUGACAGGAAUAAUUAAGGCAGAUGACAUUCUAGAUCAGAGGCAACAGUGACAAAGAGCAGGAUAAACAUCAAUGAAAGAGUGACACACCCUGGCUAUACUUCCCUCUUUUCUGAAACUAUUGGGCCUCUUAGGGAGGGUGCACAUAUGAAAAAUUCACAAUGCAUAGUGUAACCACAAAGCACAGCAGUAACAAGCACUUUUGUUGCUGAGCUUCAUCCCAUCCCACGGUUGAAAAACUCUGAGCUCUGUCAAUCCCCUGGGGAAAAGCGGAUGCAGUCGCCCCUCGUGUUAGAAAGCCCUUUUUUCUGCUAUGUGCCACAUACAUUUUCUUAGGUCAGAGAUGGUUUCCUGUAAAUAGAAUGCGUACAGGAAAUCCUGCAUGCUUUGAUAGGACAUUUGUAAGUUACUGAAAUGAAACAGUCACGUAUGUAAGUAACCUGGCCUAGAUAUGUCUGCUGAAAAAUAAUGUGCAGGAAAGGCAGUGUACUGAUAACAGUGAGGUCAUUUUUUCUAUAUUAGGAAGAUGUUCAGAGGAGAAAUUGUAUAUGGAAAAUAUGUAUUCUACUUCUGGACUCCCUCUUCACCAAGUAUCAGACCUGCAGGUAUCACCCCACCAGGACUUCCAUAGCCUAUAGGAGUUCAAAUACCGAGAUCUACUACUAACUUUAUUGAUGCGAAUGAAUGGGCUGUAGCUACCCCUACACCCCUGCUCCAUCAUUUACUAUAUGUAUAAUGCCUUCAGUGUGUGAGCCGGGGGACUGUAAUAGCUAACAUACUGUAGCUACUCCACGUGUUCCAUCUCCCCAUCUUUGUUUUCUACAAGUCCAGGCAUGAGGCAACCCCUGUGUUACUGCUACUUGGUGGAGAGGGAAGCAAUGUUUUAUGCAUGGAGUAAACCUUGUAAGUUGUGUUUUUGUAUGUAGUGCAGUUGGAAAUGUAAAAGAAAAUUGUUAGUACUUAAGAAAUGGAAAAUUUGUCACUUAUUUAUUAAAAAACAUUUCAUAGACUUCUGAUUGGGUGACAAUGUUCGAGCGCUUGCUACGCAGAUCGGAAUUAGAAUUCCCUAUUUCAUCCCUUAUCUAUGCAGUGCAGAUUUUAUUAUUGGUCAAGCACAGUGGUGUUUAGGAGCAUGACGCACACAACCGUGGGUGUGUGUGUGUGUGUGUGUGUGUGUGUAUGUAUGUAUAUAUAUAUAUAUAUAUAUAUAUAUAUAUAUAUGUAUAUAUAUAUAUAUAUAUAUAUAUAUAUAUAUAUAUAUAUAUAUAUAUAUAUAAAAUCAGAAAAAGGCUGUCGCACUCGGAGACUUUUAAAAAGAGUAAGUUGUACUGAAAGACAUCGUAACAUUGACUCUGACGUUUCAGGGUUAUUAACCCCUUUGUCAAGGUGAGAAGUGUGUAUGUAUAUAUACCUUUUGGUAUAAUGACUUUUGAGUAGUUUUCUGGUAAGAACUGCAAUGUUUUGGGUUAAUUACAAAAAGGGCUUUCUCAUUAGUACUUUGUAAUCACACUUUUUCCGUCAUCUUACCUCAUGAACAAUGAGAAUUGCAUAUGUAACUCCCAUUUUCUUUUUUGCUACUCAUCCAUCAUAAAAAUGUGGGGUGGGUUAAUUCUCCAUGGGCCUAAUUCAGCAUGGAUCAUUAUUCUUUGAAAUUGCAGUUGUCUGCGAGUAGAAAGGCGCCGCCCGACAUGAAGGAAAAAACGGCCCAUGCAAGUUUGCGAAUGCAUCACAGAUCCCUAUCCAUUUGCAGAUGCAUACGCAAUUUCUGGAACAUAGAAGAUGUUUUGCCGUCUGAGCAAAUGUAAGUAGGUCUGAGUCUGUCACUAAUCUGUGACUAAAGCGACCUGGAAGUGGUCUGCGCUGAUGUUAGAGACCCUUCCCAAAAAUGCCUGGGUACGCCUUUUUUUUGUUUUGUUUUUUUUACACACCCAGAAAUUGGCAGGUUUCCGCCCAGCAACCCUGGCUUCCUGUCAGUUAAACAGCGACUACAUUGCGAUUUAUGAUCUGUAUGCAAUUUCUGUCACUACUACCCCUACACAUGCUCUGCUGUUCUAUAAUCGCUCAAUUUGCAAUUUCUCUAAUUAGCGAUACAUGCUGCAUUAGGCCCCAUGUCUUGUUAAGUUGCAUUCUGUUGCUGUUAUAUUACCAUACAGAGGUUGCAUUUCUGAGUCUAAAAAUGCAUGCCAUAAUGACAUGCUGUGAAGAAUCAUAAUGUGAGAGGUCUCCAGUAUCCAAAUAUGUUUUUCCUAAUGUUGCAGUCUGUAACCUAGACGGUCACCUGCAAAUCCAAUGUGUGUGAAUGUUCUUCCACAUUUUGUUUGUGUGGUAAUGCUUGCUUAUAAGCUUGUUGGAGAAUAGGACGUACGUACAGUAUAUUAAGAACAUUUUGUGAGAAUACAUUUAUUUUGUUGUAAACCUUUGCAAAAUGUUCGUCAUUGACCUUAUGAUGGAUUAUAAAAAUCCAGUAAUGUGUUGCAGAUGGCUCCAACGGGUAUGUUAUUCAUCCUCAUGUUUCCAUGUCACACUCACUUGUUACGUCAAACACUGAAUUUCUCUCAUUGCCGACUCCAGAAAUGCCAAUGUUUAUGUCUCAAAGAAAUAGUCCCAUCAUACAUUUUUCUAAGGCCAUGUGCUCCUUUUAAAUACACAUCUUAAACAUUUUAAUUUCUUGUACCUACUGUGAGGUGUGUUUUGUAUAUAUGGCACUAUGAAAUGUGUGGUUUUUAGACCUUGAAUGUUUUUUUUCUUCUUCUUUUUUAAUGUGACUUGUAGGAUUUGCAAUCCUUUGGAUCCAGCAUAAUAUUUCUACCAAAUAAAAUGUAAAAUGAAAUAUGCAAAUAAUUUUUACAUUUGUUAAUUGGGGUCCAAUUGUAUUAUCUGUCCAUAUUGAAAUAAAACAGUUUUUUUUUCCAAA